GCUGGGUACCACCAGCCCGCUCGCGGCUAAUUAGGGUUUCGCCGCCUCUCCCUUCCGACCGCCGAGCGAGAGGGAGAGAGGAGAGCGUAUUGGGUGUAUUUGGGUUAGGGUUUUGAAGGGUUUUUGGGGUUUCUACGGUUCCGCCAUGGCUAAGUUCAACGUGGUGCAGAAGGAUCGGCGGAAGAGGAUCCAGGAGCGGAAGCGGGCGAUCCACGGCAAUCCGAGCACCCGCAAGCUCAAGCAGCAAACCGCCCCGGUCGCCAUCUCGGGCAAGCGCAAGCGCAAGCUCUUCAAGAAAUGGCGAAGAGAGCAAAAAGAGGCCAUCGAGAAGGGUUUGGUCACUAUGGAAGACGUCGAGAUGGCAGUCGAAGAAGGAUCUUCUCAGAGCACCAACAAGAAGUCUCAGAUGAAAAUUCAUUUAAAGAAGCCUUCAAAAAUCCAAAUCAAAAAAUUAAAAGGCAGAGGUAAAAGCAAAAGAAAAUCUUUCGUGCCACCAGCUGAGCCAGUAGAUGCGAUGGUAGAAUGAGUGGGACAAUGCUUCUAUCUCGUUCUAACCGAUCUUGUAAUUAUGGUUGCGGCACCAAGCCAUAUUUUCUGCAACCAUAUAUGUGGAAAUUUGCUUGCAGUGUUCAGCUACCUCUCUUCCUCUGAAUUUAAUCACGAAUUUUUAAGUGUGUUUGGUGGAACGGUUAAGUUUGAAAGCAAACCAAUUUAGGCUGUCAGUUUUCUUGUCAGAAUCAAUGCUUAUGUUCUGGAGUAAACGAGCUACGGUUCAUUCUAA